UUCAGACUUCAAUAAAUCUUCUCUUCUCUCGCCUGUUUUUGUUUCAUCAGUUCAAUCUCAGUGAUGGAAUCAUCAGCUUGGGUGGAUACUAUUAAUCUGGACCUCAACCUCAACCCUUUCCAUCAACCAGACAAAGCCAUGGAUGGAGUUUUGGUGGAGGAACUGAACCGGGUCAGCGCCGAGAACAAGAUGUUAACCGAGAUGCUAGCCGUCCUGAGCCACCACUACAAGGAUCUGCAGAACAAGUUCGUCGAACUGGUCACGGAAAAUGAAUCACCCGCGUCGAAGAAGAGGAAAGCCGGCCAGUGCGAAGACAGCAGCGGCGGCGAUGAAGAUGCGUUUAAAAAGCACAGGGAGUACGUUCAUACCAAGAUUUCAACUUCUUACGUCCGUACAAAUCUUUCUGAUCAGAGCCUGAUCGUGAAAGAUGGAUACCAGUGGAGAAAAUAUGGUCAGAAGGUCACCAAAGAUAACCCUUCUCCCCGAGCAUACUUCAAAUGCUCUUCUUCCCCAACUUGUCCGGUCAAGAAAAAGGUGCAAAGAAGUGUUGAAGAUCCGUCGUUCUUGGUGGCUACUUACGAAGGAGUGCACAACCAUGCACAGCCUUCUGCCGGUACAACAAAUGGAGCUCUCCCCGGAACUCUUGGCUUGACGCAAUCGGAUGGACAUGGCGGUGGUGCCAGAAAGCUAGCCGGAGAAACCAAUGCACCUACGAUACAACAGAUUCUGGUCCAACAGAUGGCGGCUUCUUUGACGAGAAACCCGAAUUUCACAGCGGCACUUGCGGCGGCCAUUUCGGGGAGAGCUGCAGACCAGAACGGGAUAAAAAAGUGUUGAAA